ACGAUCGACGUCAACGAGUACUCGUACCGCCGGCCCGGCAAGACGCUCUUGCACCAAUCUGCCGCAAUCAACGACGCGCUGUCGACGUCGCUACUCCUCCGCCAUGGUGUCCGCGUUAACUGCCUCGACAACGACGAUGCGACGCCGCUCCAUUUGACAUCAUCGUACGAGAUUGCGCUGCUGCUGCUGGCACACGGCGCUUCGGUUCACAGCAAGCGCCUCGACGGCGCAACGCCUCUGCACCGAUCCGCCUCUGCCGCAGUAGCCAAGAGCCUUCUUCAACACGGCGCAAAUGUUCUCGCGAGAACAAAGGCCGGUAACACUCCACUGCACCUGACCUCUUUGCCCGAGACGGCAACAACUUUGCUAAUGCACGGAGCCCUCGUCGAUGCCGUCAACGUCCACGGACACACGCCGCUGCACCUCGCAUCGAGUUUUGGUCGCUGGAACGUCGUCCUUGUUCUACUCGCGCACGGUGCACGCACAGACCUUAGAGACAAGGAAGGACGCACGAGUGCAAUGAUUGCUGCAUCCGUCGCCGCGACCUUUGCGCACGCAGCUGCCCACGCAGCAGCCGAGGAUCCGCUCGCCAAAGACAUGAUACGAACGAUCGCGACGCUGUCCUACUGGGAGAAGAAGCGCAACGAAGGUCGCAGCGCCCACCACAUACUCUGCGACUUGGCGUGGCGUUGUCUGCGUCCUAUCUGCAAGGACCCUCGCGCUGCGCUCCAGCGCACCAAGCUGCCCAUGGACGUUCUCGAUCUCAUUGUCGCGCAGUACGUCGGCCCGUGGGCGAUUCCGGAACAAGUUGAAGUUGCGUGUAUUUAGAUGUUACGUUUGAAACAUGUUGUCAUUUGUAUGGGCCGGUUAUGGUUAGCGGCA